CGGAGAUUACGAUGACCAUCCACGGCGAACUUGCGAUUUGUCAUCGAUCUUCAGAAACCCCUCUUAAUUACUUUGUAAGCAAGAAUGACAUACAGCUUAUCAAAUGCAGCUGAACGAUGUAAGUUCUAUCCCCGGAACCAUUUCGUCCGUCCGUGUACUGAGUUUCAGUGAAUGCGGGGUCCGUGGUAGGCAGAUCGUAGCAUCGGAAACAGUUUCCAAGUUGGGUGCAAGUUGACCGCAUCUCUAAGGGUUUCCUACGAUGUGUUCAUUAAAGAGCUCGCCGAAAUCCCUCUUACCACCACUUUAAAGAUAACUGAUCAGAUUCGCUGGACAUAAACGACUGAGACUCGGGAUUUCAGCAAACAUCAAUAACUGUUCAGUUGACUCUAUCCGUUUAGCACUGGAUCCAAUCCAGUUGACAACCAUCCCGACAAAUCUCCACAAAAAGCCGCACCAACCAGACCAAAAUGGCAUCUGAGAAGCUUCAACCGAUCAGGGUCUGGACGUCCAAGAACGGCCCGAACCCAUGGAAAGUCCACUUCGUCCUCGAGGAGCUCGGGAUCUCCUACGAAGAAAAGUACAUCGACUUCCCCGACAUGAAGAAGCCGCCCUUUGAAAAGAUCAACAUCAACGGGCGCGUGCCCGCCAUCGAGGACGACAACACCGGCAUCACGCUGUGGGAGUCGGGCGCCAUCCUCGAGUACCUAGUCGAGACGUACGACAAGGAGAAGAGGUCAAUCAGCUUCGAGCCGGGCACGGCCGACUACUUCCACGCCAAACAGUGGCUGCACUUUCAAAUGUCCGGUCAGGGCCCGUACUUUGGCCAAGCCAUCUGGUUCCACCGGUACCACUCCGAAGACGUGCAGAGCGCCAAGGACCGGUACAUCAAGGAGAUUCGGAGGGUUUCCUGGGUCCUGGACCGGGCGCUCGAGGGACGCGAGUUCUUGGUGGGCGACAAGUGCUCCUAUGCGGAUAUUGCCUUUAUCCCCUGGUUCAAUGUUGCAUUCUACCCGUGGUAUGACUUGAAGGUUUCUGGUGCUUUUGCGGAUCAGAUCGAUUUUGCAAAGGAGUUCCCGAACACGGCCGCCUGGAUGGACAGGCUCAGAGCUAGGCCUAUCAUUGCGGAGACCUUGAAGAAGAGGGCUGCCACUUUGUAGAAGGAAAGGAAAAAAGUAUACUAGAAAGCAAUCCGUCACAGGAGUUUAAUGAGGAAAAGGAAGUCUGUGUUUGAGUCAGCGUGUUCAUGAGAAAAUACGCUGUGGUGUGCUGCAGAUUACGACAUAACGACAUCUCGGCCCGAGAAACCCCACUCUUUACGGAAGAGCCAUCCGGGCCCGCCCCGGGCCGCUUUUUGUCAGCCCAAACCAGACCAAGAUCGACCCGGGCGGGCGGAUGGGCAGCUCCAAGAUCUCCCAGUGACUCCGCUGGGAUGCGGGUAAAGCUCGCCCAAGAAGACGGACAGAAGCCCGCUCCAUCGCUCUCGCUUCCUUGUGGUGUCGCAUGCGAUUCUUGUGUCCGCUACGGUGGGAAGGCCAGAGCACACCGGCCGAAAAAAAAGAAUGUGUUGAUAUUGCGCUGCCGUUGUAUCCGU